AUGAAUUCAAGGGACGAGGAAGCCAAUUACUUGACAAGUCCUCAUAUCUACCGGUCAAAUGCAGGGCAAGAGCAGCUUGGUACUAAAUAUGCCUUCAAUAGUCCGCAACCAAUGCAACACACAUUACCAACUCCAUACACCCUUAAUCAGAACAAACUGGACCAUAUAAACGCUGUUGAAAGGGAUAAUUCCGAUUUGAAUGAUUACUCAUUGGUUGAAAAUAGCAUGCUGAAUCAUCGCAAUCACCAGCGUCAUCACCAGCACAGCCAUCGACCCACCGUUGAUCCGAACACUAGCUCCAAUGAUAUCGAUGUCAAUAGUAGUCAAAUAUUAACUGAUGGUGAUAACUCUAUCAAUGCUGAAUUUACUGGUACGACACAUAGUUCAACAUCACACGACGUUGAAGUGCUUCUGUCAUCCUCGAAUUCGAGAGCCUCCGCCUCCAUUGUUACAGGUUCCAAUCAAGGUUCUACCAUCCAGACAUCAGCAAACUCAACAGAAAGAAAUGGGAAGUCAUCUAUAUCUUCAUCCUCAUCAUCAUCGUCAGCGGCAGCAACUAGAACAGCAAUCACUGGAAAUAACAUCUCUCAACCAAUCUUACCUGAUAUAAAUGAACAACCUUCCUCUGUGUUGCAUUUCGGAAAUUUUGCAAACGAAUUAUUGCUUGCGAGUCCUGAACAAUUCAAAGAAUUUUUGAUGGACUCACCAGCAGGUUUAAACUUUUGGCAACAAAGACAAACUCCCGCCAAGACACCUCUUAAAUUUGUCACUAAUAAUACGAAUUUAACCCAUCAACAAAAUAACACAGGAUUGAUGAAUUCCAUUCACUCUCCAUUGCAAAAUAUUGAUGUAAACCUCAUGUUCAAUUCUGCUUCCAAGACUUCAUUGUCUCCGCCUCGAAAACAGAUGUCCUUGACGCCAUACGGCAGAAGGAUUUUGAAUGAAAUGGGAACACCGUUUACCAAAAUGAUGCAACCAAUUUCUUCGAACAACAGCGCAUUGGUUGACUUUCAUCGUGCCCGAAAGCAUAACUUACAGUCUACACCUACUUCAAGACCAGCUUUAAGGAAUGAAAGCCCUGGAUCGAAGCUAUAUUGCUCAUCCCCUACCACCAUCCAACUUCAUUCGUCAGGUGUCAAAUGUUCGCCUGAAAGAGAUCCAAACAUCGAUGAGAAACUAUUUCACCUUCGAGCAUCACCGACACCUAAACUAUCCCUAAAUAAAAGUGAGAAGUUCAGACUUGACCCAAGUUUUGAACUACCGAAAAUGGGAUCCUUCAAAGAAGGGCUCACAAUUCCGUCAUUAAGAGCACCGGACACUAACAACCAACCAAUUAACAUUAAUAACGCUAAUAUACAUUCCAGUAUGGGUACAACACAUGACAUAUCAUCUACUUCGGAAAAAGUAAGAAAACCAAAGCUUAACAGAAAUGGGAAUAAAAACAAAUCUAAGACAAAUCAAUUAAUCACAAAACAGAGGUUCCAAAUUAUAAUGACCGAUACAACCAGUUUUAAUUCGGAUGACGGAGUUACUUCGAAUAAUCAAGCAAAAUUAAAGAGAUCUCGUUCGGUUAUUGUACCUGGAGAAGUUAAGAAAAAGAAGAAAAAGAAGAAAGUCUACGAAACUUCUAAUAUCAUACCUAAUUCUCAAUAA